AUGACUCCUUCGCCUUCCUCCAAGUUUCCCUCCAACGUGGACCAUCUUCCCUCCACACCACUAGUCCCCUCGCCCAGACCUGCACCACUAGACCCCUCGCCCAGACCUGCACCAGUAGUCCCCUCGCCCAGACCUGCACCACUAGACCCCUCGCCCAGACCUGCACCACUAGUCCCCUCGCCCAGACCUGCACCACUAGACCCCUCGUCCAGACCUGCACCACUAGUCCCCUCGCCCAGACCUGCACCACUAGUCCCCUCGCCCAGACCUGCACCACUAGUCCCCUCGCCCAGACCUGCACCACUAGACCCCUCGCCCAGACCUGCACCACUAGACCCCUCGCCCAGACCUGCACCACUAGACCCCUCGCCCAGACCUGCACCAGUAGUCCCCUCGCCCAGACCUGCACCACUAGACCCCUCGCCCAGACCUGCACCACUAGUCCCCUCGCCCAGACCUGCACCACUAGUCCCCUCGCCCAGACCUGCACCACUAGACCCCUCGUCCAGACCUGCACCACUAGUCCCCUCGCCCAGACCUGCACCACUAGUCCCCUCGCCCAGACCUGCACCACUAGUCCCCUCGCCCAGACCUGCACCACUAAUCCCCUCGCCCAGACCUGCACCACUAGUCCCCUCGCCCAGACCUGCACCACUAGACCCCUCGCCCACACCUGCACCAUUAGACCCCUCGCCCAGACCUGCACCACUAGUCCCCUCGCCCAGACCUGCACCACUAGACCCCUCGCCCAGACCUGCACCACUAGACCCCUCGCCCAGACCUGCACCACUAGACCCCUCGCCCAGACCUGCACCACUAGACCCCUCGCCCAGACCUGCACCACUAGACCCCUCGCCCAGACCUGCACCAGUAGUCCCCUCGCCCAGACCUGCACCACUAGACCCCUCGCCCAGACCUGCACCACUAGACCCCUCGCCCAGACCUGCACCACUAGACCCCUCGCCCAGACCUGCACCACUAGACCCCUCGCCCAGACCUGCACCACUAGACCCCUCGCCCAGACCUGCACCACUAGACCCCUCGCCCAGACCUGCACCACUAGUCCCCUCUCCCAGACCUGCACCACUAGUCCCCUCGCCCAGACCUGCACCACUAGUCCCCUCGCCCAGACCUGCACCACUAGUCCCCUCGCCCAGACCUGCACCACUAGUCCCCUCGCCCAGACCUGCACCACUAGUCCCCUCGCCCAGACCUGCACCACUAGUCCCCUCGCCCAGACCUUCACCACUAGACCCCUCGCCCACACCUGCACCACUAGACCCCUCGCCCAGACCUGCACCACUAGUCCCCUCGCCCAGACCUGCACCACUAGACCCCUCGCCCAGACCUGCACCACUAGACCCCUCGCCCAGACCUGCACCACUAGACCCCUCGCCCAGACCUGCACCACUAGACCCCUCGCCCAGACCUGCACCACUAGACCCCUCGCCCAGACCUGCACCACUAGUCCCCUCGCCCAGACCUGCACCACUAGACCCCUCGCCCAGACCUGCACCACUAGACCCCUCGCCCAGACCUGCACCACUAGACCCCUCGCCCAGACCUGCACCACUAGACCCCUCGCCCAGACCUGCACCACUAGACCCCUCGCCCAGACCUGCACCACUAGACCCCUCGCCCAGACCUGCACCACUAGACCCCUCGCCCAGACCUGCACCACUAGACCCCUCGCCCAGACCUGCACCACUAGACCCCUCGCCCAGACCUGCACCACUAGACCCCUCGCCCAGACCUGCACCACUAGACCCCUCGCCCAGACCUGCACCACUAGGCCCCUCGCCCAGACCUGCACCACUAGUCCCCUCUCCCAGACCUGCACCACUAGUCCCCUCGCCCAGACCUGCACCACUAGUCCCCUCGCCCAGACCUGCACCACUAGUCCCCUCGCCCAGAUCUGCACCACUAGACCCCUUCCCCAGACCUGCACCACUAGUCCCCUCGCCCAGACUUGCACCACUAGUCCCCUCGCCCAGACCUGCACCACUAAUCCCCUCGCCCAGACCUGCACCACUAGACCCCUCGCCCAGACCUGCACCACUAGUCCCCUCGCCCAGAUCUGCACCACUAGACCCCUUCCCCAGACCUGCACCACUAGUCCCCUCGCCCAGACCUGCACCACUAGUCCCCUCGCCCAGACCUGCACCACUAGUCCCCUCGCCCAGACCUGCACCACUAAUCCCCUCGCCCAGACCUGCACCACUAGUCCCCUCGCCCAGACCUGCACCAUUAGACCCCUCGCCCACACCUGCACCACUAGUCCCCUCGCCCAGACCUGCACCACUAGUCCCCUCGCCCAGAUCUGCACCACUAGACCCCUUCCCCAGACCUGCACCACUAGUCCCCUCGCCCAGACUUGCACCACUAGUCCCCUCGCCCAGACCUGCACCACUAAUCCCCUCGCCCAGACCUGCACCACUAGACCCCUCGCCCAGACCUGCACCACUAGUCCCCUCGCCCAGACCUGCACCACUAGACCCCUUCCCCAGACCUGCACCACUAGUCCCCUCGCCCAGACCUGCACCACUAGUCCCCUCGCCCAGACCUGCACCACUAGUCCCCUCGCCCAGACCUGCACCACUAAUCCCCUCGCCCAGACCUGCACCACUAGUCCCCUCGCCCAGACCUGCACCACUAGACCCCUCGCCCACACCUGCACCACUAGACCCCUCGUCCAGACCUGCACCACUAGUCCCCUCGCCCAGACCUGCACCACUAGACCCCUCGCUCAGACCUGCACCACUAGACCCCUCGCCCAGACCUGCACCACUAGACCCCUCGCCCAGACCUGCACCACUAGACCCCUCGCCCAGACCUGCACCACUAGACCCCUCGCCCAGACCUGCACCAGUAGUCCCCUCGCCCAGACCUGCACCACUAGACCCCUCGCCCAGACUUGCACCACUAGACCCCUCGCCCAGACCUGCACCACUAGACCCCUCGCCCAGACCUGCACCAGUAGUCCCCUCGCCCAGACCUGCACCAAUCACAGCAGACGUCCCUAAAGUUACCAACUCAUUCCAGGUCUCAACACGCUGGGCGCAUUGA